CACUCACACACACGCGCGCGUGUGUGUGCCGGACUCGGUAUGUCUGCCCCGGGCAGGAGAGACUUCGAUGUGAAACAGAUCCUGCGCAUCCGCUGGCGCUGGUUCGGCCACGCGACGUCUCCUCCUCCUCUUCCUCCUCCUCCUCUUCCUCCUCCCGGCGCGGUGGUACAGGAGGAGUCUGUGGUGGCGGACGAGCUGAUCUCCAGAACCGCCGCUCACCCUCACCACCACCUCCUCCAUCCUCCUCCUCCACCUCCACCUCCUCCUCCACACGCGCCCGCCGCGAGCUCCAGCCAGGUCUCCUCCUCGCUUUUCGGCAAUAAGUUCUGCUCCUCGCCUCCUCCCCCUCCUCCUCCUCCUCCUCUUCCUCCUCCUCCCGUUCAGCAGGAGAAAUGCGGAAGCGGCGCGUUCACGUCCCCGCAGCACUCGCGCUCCGCUCCCGACGUGACGCGCGAACUCGUAGCAGCAGGCGCGUGCCAAGGUAACGGCACCGCGCGCGAGGACGACGAGAACAACAACAACUGCACAAACGGCAACGGCGCGAGCGGCAGCAGCAGCAGCAACAACAACAACACCGCCGAGAGCGAGACGAGCUCGUGCAGGACGUCAAACAGCAGUGCGACUCUGUCCUCAUGCGUGUCCAUGGAGCCGUGCGUGCCCGAUGAACUCUUCCAGUCGCACAGCCACGCCGAACACACCUUCAAACGCAUGGAGACGUACCUAAGGACACGCAAACUCUGCGACGUGGUGCUGGUAGCAGGGGAACGCAAAAUUCCUGCUCACAGGUUAGUCUUGUCCUCCGUGUCAGACUACUUUGCCGCCAUGUUCACCAGUGAUGUCCGGGAGGCCAAACAGGAGGAGGUGAAGAUGGAGGGAGUGGACCCAGAUGCAUUGUGGGUGUUGGUUCAGUAUGCUUACACGGGACGGUUGGAGAUGAGGGAGGACACGAUCGAGGCUCUGCUGUCGGCGGCGUGUUUGCUGCAGCUCUCGGCCGUGGUUCAGGCCUGCUGUAGCUACCUGAUGAAGCAGCUGCAUCCGUCCAACUGUCUGGGAAUCCGAUCGUUCGCCGACGCCCAGGGCUGUCAGGACCUACACAAAGUGGCCCACAACUACACCAUGGAGCACUUCCUGGGUGUGAUGAAGAAUCAGGAGUUCCUGCUGCUCCCGGCGUGUGAGGUGGAGAAGCUCCUGGUAUCGGAUGAUAUGAACGUUCCAGACGAGGAGACGGUGGUGUCGGCUCUGCUCAGCUGGGUGCAGUACGAUGCCGAGACCCGCCAGACUCAGCUCCCCGCGCUGCUCCAGCACGUCCGCCUGCCGCUGCUCAAACCCCAGUUCCUAGCAGACAUGGAGUCGAACCCACUCUUGAGGGACAGCGUGGAGUGCCAGCGCUUGGUCAUGGAGGCCAUGAAGUACCACCUGCUGCCCGAGCGCCGACCGCUGCUGCAGAGCCCGAGGACGCGGCCGCGGAAGGCCACCGUGGGGGCGCUGUUCGCCGUCGGCGGCAUGGACGCCACCAAGGGAGCGACGAGUAUGGAGCAGUACUGCGUGCGCAGGGACACGUGGCGGCAGGUGGGCGUGCUGAGCGGGCGGAGACUGCAGUUCGGCGUGGCCGUCAUCGACCAGCGCCUCUAUGUGGUGGGGGGCCGCGACGGCCUGAAGACCCUGAACACGGUGGAGUGCUACAACCCGCGCAGCAACACCUGGAGCAUCAUGCCUCCCAUGGCAACACAUCGCCACGGCCUGGGCGUCGCAGUGUUGGAGGGCCCCAUGUACGCAGUCGGAGGUCAUGACGGAUGGAGUUACCUGAGCACGGUGGAGCGCUGGGAUCCUCAGGCCAGGCAGUGGAGCUUCGUCGCAUCCAUGGCCACGCCCCGCAGCACAGUGGGCGUGGCCGUGCUGAACAGCAAGCUGUAUGCAGUAGGAGGGCGAGACGGCAGCUCGUGUCUAAAGUCAGUCGAGUGUUUUGAUCCUCACACGAACAAAUGGAGUGCGUGCGCUCCCAUGGCCAAGCGCAGAGGCGGCGUCGGCGUGGCGACCUGGAACGGCUUUCUGUACGCCAUCGGCGGCCACGACGCCCCCGCCUCCAGCCUCGCCUCCCGGCUCUCGGACUGCGUCGAGAGGUACGACCCGAAGACGGACACCUGGACGGCCGUGGCCCCAAUGAGCGUCAGCAGGGACGCCGUGGGGGUGUGUUUACUCGGAGACCGGCUGUACGCUGUGGGAGGCUACGACGGCCAGGUCUACCUGAACACCGUGGAGGCGUACGACCCCCAGACCAACGAGUGGACUCAGGUGGCACCUUUGUGCUUGGGCCGAGCCGGAGCCUGUGUGGUCGCCGUCAAGCUGUGAUGCUCCGCCCCCUGAGGACUGUUACCGUGGUGAUUUGUGUACAGUAACCUCAUAGCUUUCUCAUUGGACAUGGAGGCGAAGAAAAGAACUACACACACACACACACACACACACACACAUUUAAUCUGGAAUCAAGAGGGAUGGUUAAGACGCGCUCAGAGAUGUGGGUGACACAUGCACACACACAUAAUUAGGAUGUUCAGGGUACAUUGGUUUAUCAGAGGGAUGGAUAGAAACGCGGAAUGGAUGGAUAAGAACGAACAAUAUUUGGAAGGAAUGGAUGGUUGAAGAAAGGGAUUGAUGGUUAGGGUAUAAAAUACAAGAAUGAAGGGAAAUGGUUUGGCGAGGGAUGGAUGGAUGGGAUUUGGGAAAAUGAAAGGAAGAAAUAGAUGGAUAGAUGAACGGUUUAGUGGAAAAAAGAAUGGGAGGGAGGAAUAGCUGUAUUGAUUAUUUGGUUUAAAAAAUAAAACAAGGAAGAAGGGGAAAGAUGGAUGGUCAUGAUGGAUAGCUUGAUGAGGGGAAAUGAGAAAUAUGAACAAUGGUUUUGUAAACCACAGAAUAAAUAGAUAAAUGGAUAAAUGGAUGGAUAAAGAAAAAACUGAAUGGUUGGCUGAACAAAGGGGCGGGUGGUUGGAUUAGAUAAAACAAACAAACAAUGAAUAGGAGAAACAUUCAGAUGGAUGGAUGCUUAAAUAAAAGGAUGGAUGGACGCCUGCAUUCUUUUUUUAUAUUCACUAGUUUCUAUUCCUCUCUUCUUCUUUUUUUCCUUUUCUGAUUAUUUAUUUCAUGUGUCAUGUGCCUUGUUUGAUGUGGCCUUGUUUAACUACUUUGCAAGAAGUGACAGAAAUAUGGAAUGCGUGUGUGUGUGUGUGUGUGUGUGUGUGUGUGUGUUGGUUCCUGCAAUGCAGAGGAAAUUGGGGAAUCGAUUUAAAGCCGAGGGAAUUAAAAGCUUGCCAGCAGAGCAUGUAGUGUCGGCGUGUGUGUGUGUGUGAGAGAGAGAGAAAGCGAGAAAGCUUAUUUUUUCCUUUUGUUUGUUGGCUCGAGUGUGUCAGCGUGUCUCGGGCUGUCAGUCACAGUACAUGGAAGUCUCUAGAAACCACCGAGUUCAGAACCCCAGGGCGCAGAUGCUGCAAGGCAUUGUGGGUAGCGAAUAUUUGAAAAAGGGAUGUACGUGCAAAUUAGCUGUCAAUCAAACCGGUGUGCUUUUCUAAAUGGCUAAAGGAUCAGGUGUGUUUUUUCCUUCUGUUCCUUCAGCACGGCACGAGGAGCGAAGACAGAAUCUGGAGGAUGAGACAGGUAGAGGGAGUGAGACGGCAAGUGCUUCAUUAGCAGAAAAUAGACACAGUCUGAUAGGUCUGAGAUGAAAGGCAGAGAACUCGGGCGUUAUUUGUAGAGGUUUGCGGCGUUAUUAUGUUCACACGCUGCGUGAUCAAUCAUCUGUCUAUUCAGUGUAAUUUCCUUUUCUUCUGUGGGGGCGUUUAUGUAUUUAUCUUCUCCCGCAUUUACAGUCUGAAGGUGUGCGAGUCUGCACACAGACACAUUAUGUGUGCACGUCAGAAAGCAUCUAAGCUUUGUGUGUGUGUGUGUGUGUGUGUGUGUGUGUGAGUGAGUAUGUUUCAGGCAGGUGUUUAUUUUCCAAUAUUGGGACGCUUUAUCCUGGACUUUCACAUAACUAGAUGAUAUGAAAAUAAUAUCAUUCCUUAGCUUUAGCUUUUUUUAAUAGAAACAGACAUUGCAGUAUUCUCCAUCUCAUAAACACUGGGAUGUUUCAUAUGCCAUAUCGUGAGCGUAAUAACUCGCAAUUCAAGGUUCUAUUGUGUAUCCAAACUUUUACUUGACAGGGAAUAAAAUAUAUUCCAGGGAACAUAACAAAGCCAAAUGUUCCCAGACAAAGGAAUGUCAUAUUCAUCAUAUCAAAAAGAGAACAUUGUAUUUCCCAGCAGAAAAAGAUCAGAUACACCAUAUCCUGAGAUUCCUGGGAAAUACUAUCAUCUCUGUCCUGCUGGAUAUAUAUAUUCCGCUGAUAUAUAUAUAUACACACAUCAGAAUAUUUGGAUAUAUAAUAUGAUAUAUUUUCUACCCUGGCAGAAGUAAUUGUAUUAUAUCAUAGACCGUUGUUCUGGACACAUUUGGCUAAAUCAUACUGACUGUCCUGGAUAACUGGAUAUAUUCCCUGAACUAUUCUGUACCCCCUAUUAAGGCAAAGUUGGGAUAUGUAGAAAAUCUGAUUCUGGGAACACUGGAAUAUACUAUAUUCUCUAUUUCAGAAAAAUGAUGUUUGAAUAUGGUGUAUCCCCAGUUCUGGAAAUCUACAUUCCCUAUCCUGAUAUCAUCAGCAUAUAAUAGCAUAUAAAGCAGUUUUUAAAUAAUGAUUUCAUUUAUUAAGGGAAAACAGCUCUCCCAACCUGCCUAGCCCUGUGUGAAAAAGUAAUUGCUCCCUAAACCUAAUUACUACAAUCAAGCAUAUGCGAUAACUGGCAAUGAGUCUUUCACUUCGCUGGAGGAAUUUUGGCCCACUCUUCUUUGCAGAAUUGUUUUAAUUUAGCCACUUUGGAGGGUUUUCGGGCAUGAAUGAUCUGUUUAAGGUAAUACAACAGCAUCUCAAUCUAAUUUUUUUUCCUUAUUAAAAAACUUUACCUUGUAACUUUCCUGGAAAAACUAGUAUAUACUACAUUCCCGAUCCCUUUAUUUCUGGGAAGCCGAGGAUCCUGAAGCUCCCACACAGAUUAGGAUUACGUUAUUAAAUGUGUCCCUGUAUAAGAACACAACAGACACCUGCCAGACAAUCAGAAGAAAGUGUAGCAUGAGUGUGAUAGUAACACAAAGGUGUUAAUAUUUAGAACCUAUAUAGAUCUGUGUACAUGGGUUAUAUAGUAUAUGCUGAAUGAUAUAGAGGAAGUGUUUAUGCGUUGCUGUACAGUGUUGUAUAAUACAGUGCGUAUACACUUCUUAUCGAGCAGAGCUGCACAUUGUACUUGAACAUAUCCAGAUAUCAAGCACACAUUAAAGAUUCUAAUAAUUGAUUAUUCAUCCACAUUAAGCAAUUCGAUAGGUUUCAACUGGAUGAGAUUCUAAUCAGAUAUUUUUGGUUUCAUCUUAAACACGCACAUGCAUGCAAUGACCACAUUGAGGACGACAGAAGCGUUAAUAAUUUAAACUGUUGAUAAUUCAGGAAUAUUAAAAAUAGUUUCACUUCACUGGAAACCGUGGUGAGCUUUUUUUGUUGUAAAUUAACUGAACAGAUUCCGUUAACAUUUCAUUUAGAUCCGAUUGUACGUCUAAAACCGAUUGUACAGAUGCUACAAGUUCAAGUAUGGUUAGCUGUUGUUGUUGGUUAAAGGUCUGAGAGUGACAGUUCUCAUUGCUAGCCACCUAGGAAACAUGAGAAAUACUAAUUUGCUUAGUGUAAAAUUAUUUUAGAAGAACAUAAUGUCCACAAAAACUAGAGUAUCGUAUCGGGAAGGUCAACAUUUACCUCAGAUGUGUAGGUAAAUUAUCAAGAAAACUCUCCCUUUAAUAAAAAAAAAACAUGCAGCCUUUUCCCGUACUGUAGCAUCGACCGCUAACUGAAAUUCCAUGUUAUGUCAUGACUUCAUCACUUUGAGCUAUCAGAAUUUUUUCUGAUGUAAUAAAUGAAGUGACGUGAUGUAAUUUGAACGUUGCCUUAAACGUGUCAAUCAUGAUCUUCAGUCCGUUAAAAAAAUUGCGUUCAAUCCACCUUUUUGUUCUCCGUUAAUCUAACAAAACAUUCUUGAGCGAACCAUUUACAUUCGUCCCAAGUUGAACCGACCAUCUUUACGAAUUCUUUUACGUAAAAAGAUUCCGUCUAAGGGGUGUAAUUGUUGUCAUCUAGCCAUACUGCCUUCACUGAUGAUAAUGAUAAUAAUGGUAAUAAAUACUGAAUGUUGCAGUGUACUGUAUAACUGCUUAUUGUCAUGCCUAAUAAGAGAUUCUGUACAGCAAGAUAUACCAACCAACAGUGGGUUAUUUGUUUUGUCAUGAAUUUAUGGAAAGUGUACUGUUGGUUCAAUGUGUGUAUAUGUUCUGAAUGUUUUCUUUAUGUACAUUCCACAUAUAUGAAUGUAAAUACUGUUUAUAUUAAAAUAUGCAACAAGCA